AUGGCUAGCAAACCAAUACUUUACGGAACUCUUACCAGUCCCACCGUUAUGGCGGUUCUUAUUACUCUCAAAGCAUUAAAUAUCGAAUUUGAGUUUCGUGAGAUCAAACCGCGACAACAAGAAAAUCUUACAGCUGAUUAUUUAAGCAAAAAUCCCGCUCACACUGUACCCACUUUAGAAACUGAAGAUCAUAAAUUCAUUGGUGAUUCUCAUGCCAUCAUGACAUAUUUAGCCGAUCGCUAUGCAAAUGACAGCAGCCACUGGUAUCCCAGAGAUUUAUAUCGGCGUGCCAAAGUCAAUGAGCUUUUACAUUUUGAAAAUGGAGUGCUUUUUAUUAUGUGUGUCAAACAAACCUAUGGACCAAUUUUUGCUGGACUACGGACUCAUGUACCUGAUGAGAAAUUUAAGGAAAUUGAUGAGGCCUAUAAUAUGAUGGAGCGUUUUAUAGGUGACAAUAAAUAUGUGGCUGGUCAACAUAUAACGAUUGCAGAUCUAAGUUGUAUAACCUCGAUAAGCAGCAUGUAUUUUUUGCGUCCAUUUACGGAAGAAACUCAUCCGAAGCUGUAUGAUUGGUUAAAUCGUAUGAAAUCGUUACCAUACGUCCAGGAGGUAUUAAUGAGCGAUGCACAGGGUUCAUCAUUGAAAUUUCUGUCUAAAACAAUGUCACAUUUGUAAAGUACAUACUUAAUUUGGUAAAUAAAUAAUAAUGGGUUUAAACAA